UCCACAUGGAAUGGCCUAAUCCCACCUCCACUAGCUGCUCCCCAAUGCUCGACCUGCCCCACGCAAACUGGGCUUCAAGUCCUACAUGAGACGGCUCGCAGAGCCAAUUGACUUCGAGGACGCUUUGGGCUUCCAACUAUAGUUUCAAUGUGUAUCUACUUUCCCUCCAAGCAGAAGAAGAAGGUCGGCCGAGUCGUCCGAAUGCCGACCUUUGGCCCGCGAAAGCACCCGCUGCAGGCGCUGCAGCACCUCGUCGACGUUGCGACCCUGGUGUCGCCUACGCAGGGUGGCUUCCACAAACCCGUCCCGGUCACGAAGCCCGCUAGCGACGAAGGGACCACGGUCGGCAGCGUCCACAGCAGCACCGACACCAGCGGGGUCGGAAACACCACCGCCGAAGGUGCAGGGGCGCAGAAGCUCCUGGUGCUGAGCCCCGCGAUAAGGGAGCACCUUCGGCGGGUGUACGAUACGCUGCGUGGAACGCGGGCAACCCUCCACCAGGAGGAGAUUGUCCGCUUCCUGAAGGGGACGCAGGGGGAGGUGACUGUGGCGCCGCUGGAUUGGGGUGAACUCACGUUCGAACAAUUCCUCGAGGUGUGGUCAUUCCAUUAUGGGUGGGACGCGGUGCGGCCGCUGAGAGAGGACGAGAAGGACCAGACGAGGCCCUUCAGCAACUAUUUCAUCAGCAGCAGCCACAACACGUACUUGUCGGGGAAUCAGCUGACCUCCACGAGCUCAGCCCAUGCUUAUCGGAAGGUCCUCAGCCGCAAUUGCCGAUGUAUCGAAAUCGACGUCUGGAAUGGCGAUGCCUCCCGGUCAGAGACGCCCGCGGGGUCAAGAUCCCCUAAUCCCGCUCACAAGACGAACCUAUCAACGUCGUCAUUACCGAGAUUUAGAAUCGAGCCGUCCAAGUCGAUCGAAGGAAAAUACGAAACAGUUCGGCAACUGUGGUCUGGGAAACAAACCCCUGGCCAUAGCAGGAGUCGCAGCUCAAACGAGCCGGCCCGGCCGUCAGUGCCUGGUAGGGAGAGCACACAGAGCCUGGACCCGAGGGACCUGAGCGAGAGAUCACAGCGGUCGAGGGCCUCGUCUAAAGGAUCAAGUACGAAGACUGAGCCGAUAGUUAUGCACGGACGGACAUUGACAUCCCCUGUUGGCUUUCGGGAAGUGUGCCGGGCAAUCCGGGAAAAUGCCUUCAAAACCAGCCCCUUACCUAUUAUUGUGAGCUUGGAAGUCCAUGCGGACAUGGACCAACAAGAAGUCAUGGUCGAGAUCAUGAAAGAAGAGUGGGCCGGCAUCCUCCUGGACCAGCCUUUGGAAGAAUGCGCACCUCACCAGCGCCAACCUCGACUAGAAGAGCUCCUGAACAAGAUCCUGAUCAAGGUCAAGAAGCCACCCGCUAAAGCUUCGCUGCCUACCGGAACCAACCUCGCCGUGCUCAUGCCCCCGCAUGAGGACGACCUAUCGGGGAGCGACGAUGAGCGAGAUCCUACCGCCAAGAAGCUGAAAGUGCCGAUUUGCAAGUCCCUGAGCGCACUCUCAGUCUACACGCACAGCGAGCACUUCCGGAGCUUCGAGAUCCCUGCGGCGAAGACGUUUAGCCACAUCUUCAGCAUCAGCGAGACCAGGAUCCUCGAGCUGUACACGACCAAGCAGCGCGAGAUGCUCGCGCACAACCGCAACUUCUUCAUGCGGGCCUUCCCCAACGGCAUCCGCGUCGACUCGAGCAACCCGGACCCGUCGCUGUUCUGGCGCAAGGGCGUCCAGAUGGUCGCCAUGAACUGGCAGAACUGGGACGAGGGCAUGAUGCUCAACGACGCCAUGUUCGCCGGCUCCCAGGGUUGGGUCCUCAAGCCGCCGGGCUACCGCAGCGGCGACCUCCGGUCGACGACGAGCCAGGCGGAUGCCGCCGUCGCCCACCGGACCCUCGAUCUGAAGAUCACCUUCUAUGCCGGCCAGCACAUCCCUCUGCCCGAGGCCAGGCAGAAGAGCGACACGAGCACGGGCGUGGCCGUCGGAGCCGGAUCCGGCAGCAAGCGGUUCCGCCCGUACGUCAAGGUCGAUCUAAUUGUCGAGAAGCCCGAGGAAAGGGCCGGGAAGCCGAUCGAAGGCGAGGCCAGGGCUCGUGACGGCCAGUAUAAGAUGAAGACCGAGACCGGCGAGACUGAGAAUCCGGAUUGGGGCAAGAAGGGGGACUGCCUGGAUUUCUCUGGGGUUCGAAUGACCGUGGAGGAGCUCAGCUUUGUCAGGUUCAAGAUCGAGGACGACUCAGCCUACUUCCGGGGCACGUCGGCCGCGUGGGCGUGCGUGCGCCUCGACCGGCUGCGCCCGGGAUACCGCUUCAUCGACCUGCUCGACGCCAGGGGCAAGCCCAGCGCGGGCAGGCUGCUCGUCAGGAUCGAGAAGGCGGUCAGAUGAUUAUGGGAAGCGGGGGUGGAGAGAGAGAGGGAGAGACGUGUCCUUCGAGAGAGACAGCGCUUGGUUUGUUGGGGGGCUAGCACGAGGAGGCUGAUGUGGCCCCCCAAUCCCUGCCUUGCCUUGC